UGGCCAAUGGCAUCGGCGCGUCUGGCGGGGCGGCCGUCGGUGGCCCCAUAUUUAGAGUCGCGUCCAAGCACCGAGAUGGCCGAAGCGCAACUCAACACGAUCCGGAAGCUCGAGGCCAACAAGGCCUGCGCCAACUGCGACGCGCUCGCCAAGUUUGGCCACUCGAACAUCUGCGAAAAGUUCAAGACCUUUGUCUGCAACAACUGCAAGAGCGCGCACCAGAGCUACAGCCACCGCGUCAAAAGCGUGACCAUGUCCAAUUGGACGAAAGACGAAGUCGAUGCGCUCAAGGAAGAGAACGGCGGCGGCAACGCCGUCGCGCGCCGGACGUGGCUCGGCGCCUACGAAGACGGCCGCUCGAUGCGCAAGCCGACCGAGUCGGACCACGUCGAUGUCUUCAAACGCUUCAUCAACGCCGUGUACAAUGACCGCGCCUUCUUCGCCGAGGGCGCGCCCAGCCGUACGCCAGCGCCAUCGUCGACCGCAUCGUCCUCGUCCUCGUCGUCGGCUCGGAAAGUGAAGGAAGCACCUGCAGCGCCCAGCGCGGACCUGCUUGGCUUUUCGCCGCCAACGACGCCGGCGUUCGAAGCCUCGUUCGAAGCCUUCUCGGCCCCGGUCGCGCCGGCCUCCUUUGAAGCGUUCUCGGCGCCGGUCAAGCCCCAAGUCGCGUCGCCAACGUUCGAUGCAUUCUCGGCACCUCUCGCACCCGCCCCGUCGUCGACGUCGUCGUUCGAUCCGUUUGGGUUUUCGGCGGCGCCGUCGUCAUCCUCGUCGACGGCGUCGUUCACGCCGACGCCGCCGUCGCUCUUCAACGCACCAAGCAGUACGACGACCUCCGCCAACACCAACAAUGGCGGCCACUGGUCGGCGUUUCAAGGCGCGCCGGCCGCCGACCCGUUCGCAGCAGCGAUUCCUCAGUCGCUCAACGCAGCAGGCAUGCCGACUGCGUAUUCGAACGCACCCAUGUCCGGACCUCCGUCAGGCGGCCACAGCAUCAGCUCGCUCUUGGCCCCAACCAUGGUCGCCAACCCCCACGCCGGCUACGGCCAACCGCACACCGGCUAUGGUCAACCGAUCACCGGCUACGGUCAACCGCAGGCGCCGUAUGGCCAAGGAUACCCGUCGCAACCGACUGGCUUCGGCUACAACAACGGGUCCGCGCAAGGCUAUGGCCAGCCACCGCAGCAGCAAUAUGGGCAGAGCUACGGCGCGCCCCAGGCCGGCGGUCGGGACCCGUUUGCAGGACUUGCGUUCAAGUAACGAAUGUAGUACUUUCAACUAGAUUGACGCAGCACGUCAGAGCAGCUCUCUCGCAACGGAACGUAGGGCUAGGUAUAAACCGGUACUUGCUAGUGCGAGUGGAAGAGCUUCGUACAACGACUGGACACUGGAUUAUAGAAAAAAGGUUGAUACAA